AUGACUUUCUCCAUCAGUGAAACCUUGGGAUUCUUAGAUAAUCCUAAUUUACCAUGGAAAUCUAUCAUUGUAGGUUUUACCGUUGGUCAAUUUUUAUUUGAAACUUAUUUAGGCUACAGACAGUAUCAAGUCUUACAAAAGACUUCAUUACCUUCAACCAUCAAACAAGAGGUUCCAAAGGAAACUUUUGAUAAAUCUCAAGAUUACAGUAGAGCUAAACAAAGAUUUGCUUUUAUUUCUGACGGAUAUUCCUUAGUUAAGAAUUUAUUAUUUAUCAAAUAUGAUGUAUUACCAAAAUUCUGGUCGUUUGGAGGUUCAAUUUUAAAAACAGUUGCUCCUUAUUUACCUAAAUUUAUGGGAGGUAUUAUCACUCAAUCCAUUUUCUUUGUAUUCGUUCUUUCAAUUUUCAGUAACUUGACUUCAUUACCUGUAGAUUAUUAUCAAACUUUUGUGUUAGAAGAGAAAUAUGGUUUCAAUAAAUCAACUAUUGGUUUAUGGAUUACUGAUCAACUUAAAUCACUUGCACUUUCGUUCGUGUUAUUACCACCAGUUUUAGCAGGGAUUUUGAAAAUUAUUGAUACUUUUGGUCAAUCAUUCAUUCUUUACCUUUCAGGAUUUGUUCUUGUUACUCAAUUAGUUUUGAUGACCAUCUAUCCAAGUCUUAUUCAACCUUUAUUCAAUAAAUUCACACCUUUAGAAGAUGGUGAGUUGAAAGAUGCCAUUGAAGAUUUAGCCAGAAAACAACAAUUCCCAUUAACUAAAUUAUAUGUUAUUGAUGGAUCUAAAAGAUCAGGUCAUUCUAAUGCUUAUUUCACUGGAUUACCUUGGAGUAAACAAAUUGUUUUAUUUGAUACUUUGAUUGAACAAUCAACUGUUGAUGAAACCGUAGCUGUUUUAGCUCAUGAAAUUGGUCAUUGGAAUUUAAACCAUUUACCUCAAAUGCUUUUAUUCUCCCAAUUAAAUGUCAGUUUCAUGUUUUCCAUUUUUGCUGCUUUUGUUAACAACAACUCAUUAUACAGAUCUUUCGGUUUUGCUACUAAUCCUACUAUGGUUGGUUUGAUCUUAUUUUCAGAUAUCUUUAAACCUGUUGAAUCUGGUUUACAAUUUAUCCAAAAUUUAUUCAUUAGAAAAAAUGAAUAUGAAGCUGAUGAAUAUGCUAAGACAUGUGGAUACACUGAAGAUUUAGGUAAAUCCUUAAUCAAAUUGAAUGUUGAAAACUUAUCUUAUUUCGAAGCCGAUUGGUUAUAUUCAGCCUAUCAUAGAUCCCAUCCACUUUUGACUGAAAGAUUAGAAGCUAUUGGAUACGUUUCUAAAGAGAAAGUUGGACUUGAAAAACCUGAAAAACAAGAUUAG